AUGAUUAAUAAAUGUAGUAGUCGAAAAGAACUUUCAUAUUUUGAUCAUCAAUCAACUGUUAUUCGACUAGUAAAUAUUUUAUUAGAUAUUGGAAAAACAAUAUUAAUUGAUGAAAUUGUAAGAAUUGAUGUUAAACAUAUUAGUAAUAAUGCUCGGACAAGCCCUUGGUUAAUGACAACAUCUCGUUUGCCAAUUAAUGUUAUACAAACAAAAGAUGUUAAACAAUUUUAUGAACAAACUUUUGAAAAGAAUCAACUCGGAGUGGGUGAUCUUUUAUGA